CGGCCCAACCUUAACCCUUCACUCAGUGAUCAGAUUCUCGAAGUAGAAUCCGCCAUUGCUGAAAAGCUCCGCACCGAGCGGAAUCAACACUCUGCAGUCCUCACCUGAGUGAAAAUGGGAAGCAGGUUGGGAAGAAGAGUCGUGAAUUUUGCGAACCUCCCUAUAAAACUCCUCAUGCCGUCAUCUUUUUCCAAUAUUACCGAAAUUGCGCUCAAAACCAUCCCCUCUGCUUCCAAGAUAGAGAUAAAGAGGGUUUUGGAAUCUUUGUACGGAUUUGAGGUGGAGAAAGUCCAGACUCUAAACAUGGAAGGAAAGAAGAAGAAACGGGGAGGGUUGUUGAUUGCCAAACCCAAUUACAAGAAAGCUUACGUGACGCUGAGAAAUCCAUUGUCGAUAAACCCGGAUCUCUUUCCUAUUAAGGCGAUUGAGGAAGAGAAAAAGAACAUGAACAAGCAGUCCAAGUCCAGCAUUGUGGAAGACCCAGAAGCUGUUAAGAAGUCGCAUUGGCUCGACGAGAAGCGUGAUGGCGGAGGGUUUAAGACGCCUAGACGAGGUAAUUUUGGAGGCAGAAGUAGAAGCGGCGGUGAGAAGGUGGGUGCCAGCUCCGGGGCGAAGUUUCCCUGGAGUAGCAUGACCUCUUUUGGGAGGUAACGCGUUUUUCUAUUUGAAAUGUUUAAAUGUAUGGAUAGGUGAAGCUCCAUUAGGUGUUUGAGACAAUGUGUCACUGAGUUUAAUCGUCUUGGUGUAAUGUUUCAAUUGAUUGUGUCCAUUUUAUUGAAUUCUGUUGUUGCAUCUUGUUUUACAUUUUACUGAAAGAUAUUACACUGCAAGAUUAUCUUUUUGUUUCAU